AUGUAUAAAACUGAAGACUCUAUGGACCACCGAGAUCAUGGAAGCCCUCAAAAGAGGCCAAAUUUGUCUCUAACCCCAUUCUCGAUCUCGGACAUCCUGAAGGGUAGGACAACAGCAACCAUCAGAGCCCAGGAGGAUCAAGCCCUGGACAUGACAAGGAAGUCAGAAGGAAUGCCUUACCAAGGAGAGGAUGUUCUCCAUCGUGCAGUACUACGGGAGACGUCCCCGGGGUUGAUCUACUUGAGGCCGUCCUUCGCGGCCAAACCACUGUCUGGGGAGUCCUGCCGCAAGAAGCGCUCCAGAGCUGCAUUCUCCCACUCCCAGGUGUACGAGCUGGAGCGUAGGUUCAACCAGCAGCGGUAUUUGUCUGGACCGGAACGCGCUGAUCUAGCCCACGCUCUCAGACUCACGGAAACCCAGGUCAAGAUCUGGUUCCAGAACCGUCGCUACAAGACCAAGCGAAGGCAGCUGCUGGCUGACAGCCCUGGCAAGAGGGUGGCAGUCAAGGUUCUGGUACGCGAUGAUCGCCCAGUGUCAGCCCUCAGAACUGGAACCAUGUUCCCUGGAGCGCAAACUCUUCAGAUCCCGUUCCCGGCGUACUACUACUAUCCCUUUCUGGGAGCAGCUCCUGCUCCAGGAGAUGGCGACGCCGACGAUGAAGACAGCGACUGCCCCCUCAACGUCGUCGACGACAUCCCUUCCACCUCCAGUCACAGCCACAGUCACCUGGACUAGAGAAGUCCUGAACUUAGAAUCCACUGAUUCACUUUUUUGUCUGUUAAACUUACGCACAUGUGCUGGCACUUCUACGCAACAGUACUGGAGAUCAAUGUAUUUGGUGCGAUUCAGAGCACAAAAUAACUCAACUGCAAUAAUAACAAACCUUUAAAAGUUGAAGAUAGUUUAAUUUUAGUCUUUAUAAAUUUUUUAUAGAUAUUUUUUCUGUUUUAGGGACUUAUUGAAAUCGUUAUUUUGUCCAAUCGUAAGUGCAACCAUUCUUCACAUAAAAGUCCUAGAGACUUAAAACUUGAUUCAUAGAUUCCACUCGGUCCAAAGAAGAACCCAAUUGACUUUCGUAUCAAAAUGUCAAAGGCAUGUCCGCCAGUGAAAUACUUUUUUUAUACUGUGACGACUCUCCCCUUGUUCACUUUGUAAAGAUCCUCGCACAGCCAAUGACCCACGAGAACGGGUAGAAUAAGGCUUAAAGCUUCUCCUUCAAAAAUAAAAUUAUAAUAAAUGGUUGUAGAGGCUUGAGACUUGGUUUGUAUGUCCUCUUAGUCCAAAAAGGAACUCUAUUGAUUUCGAGUUUAAAGAUCACAUGAAAGGCCAUCUGUAUGUCUGUCCGUCUGUGCGAUACUCUUGAUAGAAAGGUUCCAGAGACUUGAAACUUGGUAUGUAGGUUCCUCUAGAUCCAAAAAGGAACCCUAUUUAUUUUGAGUCUAAAGGUUACAUGAAAGUCCAUCUGUUUGUCUGAAAGUCUUUGCGAUACUCUUGAUAGAAAGGUUCCAGAGACUUAAAACUUGGUAUGUAGGUUCCUCUAGAUCCAAAAAGGAACCCUAUUUAUUUUGAGUCUAAAGGUUACAUGAAAGUCCAUCUGUUUAUCUGAACGUCUUUGCGAUACUCUUGAUAGAAAGGUUCUAGAGACUUAAAACUUGGUAUGUAGGUUCCUCUAGAUCCAAAAAGGAACCCUAUUUAUUUUGAGUCUAAAGUUUACAUGAAAGUCCAUCUGUUUAUCUGAACGUCUUUGCGAUACUCUUGAUAGAAAGGUUCUAGAGACUUAAAACUUGGUAUGUAGGUUCCUCUAGAUCCAAAAAGGAACCCUAUUUAUUUUGAGUCUAAAGUUUACAUGAAAGUCCAUCUGUUUAUCUGAACGUCUUUGCGAUACUCUUGAUAGAAAGGUUCUAGAGACUUAAAACUUGGUAUGUAGGUUCCUCUAGAUCCAAAAAGGAACCCUAUUUAUUUUGAGUCUAAAGGUUACAUGAAAGUCCAUCUGUUUAUCUGAACGUCUUUGCGAUACUCUUGAUAGAAAGGUUCUAGGGACUUGAAAGUUGGUAUAUAGGUUCCUUUUGGUCCAGAAAGGAACCAUAUUGAUUUUAAAUUUAAAAAUUAAAGAAAAUUCCAUCUGUCUGUCUGUAUGUCUGAGCGAUACUCCUGAUAGAAAGGUUGUACAGACUUGGAACUUGGUAUAUAGGUUCCUUUUGGUCCAGAAAGGAACCUUAUUUUAUUUGAGUAUAAUGGUCAAUUGAUCAAUUGGUAUACAGGUUUCCCUUGGUUAAUGGAAAAACUCUAUUAAUUUUAGGGUAAAAACGAAGAAGGGGAGUCCACACUGUCCGUAUGUGCUCUAACUUUGUUACGUUAUGUUGGGUCCUUCGAUACUCUGUUGCAGUGGUAUAUUUAACAACUGAAAAUGUUUAAAAUUUUAGAGAUAACAGUGUUGUCCUGUGCCACAUUUUAACAGUUUUUGCCUUUUCAAAUUACCAACGGUAUAACUCAGUAAAAGAAACGAGUUAAUAGUUGAUAGCAAACUUAAUUAAGCAUCCUUAAAUUAUAAUUACUGUAUAUUUUAGUAGCAGUAUGUUUGGUGUAUCACAGACACAUGUACAAAAUAGACUGUAAACUUUCAACCAUUGUCAUAAGGGAAACUGCCUAUUAUCUAGUCAUAAUUAAUGUUAAUACAAAUCAAUAAUACAGCAAGCACUAAAUGUUUUAAGUGGA